AUGGGAGUUACUUCGCUCUGGGAUAUUGUGGGACCCACUGCUCGCCCCGUGAAGUUAGAAUCCCUCUCCCGUAAGAGGCUUGCUGUGGAUGCGUCUAUAUGGAUCUAUCAGUUCCUCAAAGCCGUUAGAGAUAAGGAUGGCAAUUCACUUUCCCAGUCACACAUCGUGGGGUUCUUCCGCAGGAUUUGCAAGCUCCUUUACUACGGUAUCUAUCCCAUAUUUGUAUUCGACGGUGGUGCUCCUGUGCUCAAAAAGCGAGUCAUUCAGCAAAGAAUUGAACGAAGGCAAGAAAAUCAGCAGGAUGCCACGAUGACAGCACAAAGGUUACUUGCCAUACAAUUGCAAAGUGGCACGAGACAAAAUCAUUCAAAUUCAAAGAAAAAGAAACGAGCUCUAGCCGAAGAAUCUAAUCAGACUGAAUCUGAUAUCAAGUAUUUGGAGGACAUGCCGAUACUUCACCCGGAUCAUCACGCCUCGCAAAAUCCCAGUGCACAACUCAUCUCGUCAGCAGAAAGCUCCCCUAACAAAAAGUUUAUUAAAAAGGAUGAUUAUCACCUUCCUGAUAUAAAACAGUUCAAAGUAUCUAAGAAUGAUAACAGGAUCAUGCCUGCAACCGAAUUUCAGGAGCUUACCGAAGAUGCUGACUUCGGCAUUGUCGACGGAAUUGAUAUCGAUACAGCUGAUCCUUCAUCAAAAGAAUUUGCAGCCCUCCCUUUGGCAACCCAGUACAUGAUACUAUCCCAUUUGAGGCUACGCUCCAGAUUAAGGUUGGGGUACACAAAGGAUCAAUUAGAAGUGCUUUUUCCAAACAGCAAAGACUUUUCUCGAUUUCAAAUAGAACAGGUGAAGAAGAGAAAUUACUACACACAAAAACUUAUGACGGUGAGUGGUAUGUCAGAAGAUAGCGGUAAUAUCACCAGACGAAUUGCAGGUGAUAAGGACAGGCACUAUACGUUGAUAAAAAAUGACGACGGUUGGACACUUUCAUUGGAGGACGACAAUGGUGACCUCAUAGAACUCGACGAAAGUGGGAACGUCUCGAAGUCUCUCAACUCUCCUUUGAAGGAGAACGUGGAUGACUUCCCAAGCUCUGAAAAGAAGACGGCUUCUUUUUUGGGAGAUCCUUCUUCUGAUAGUGAUGAAGAUUUAAUAGAUGUGGAAGUUGACAGAAGACCUGGAGAUGGUGUCGAGGCGGAUAAGGCAAUAAUUGAGUCAAUAUAUGACAUGUAUAAGGCUCCUGAGCAAGGUGAGGCAAAAUCUGCAGAUACGGCUACGAGAGACCUCAAGUUAGCUGUGGAGAAAUCCAAAAAGCUUUACAUGGAGCAGAAGAAAGAAGAGGAACAGUCUUUCGAUCUACAACUGUCAGUUCUUUUUGAUGGCCAUAGUUCCGAAGGACUGUCUCAACAUCAAAAUGAGUUGAAAGAAAUAACAAGUCUCGACUCCCAAUCAGAGGAAGACCAUACUGAAGCUAUAGAGAAGGAGAGGAACAUCUCGAAGCCUGUUCCUAAUUGGUUCAAACAAGAUGUUUCUCAUGUCGAUAAAAUUCACUUAGGUGAUCAAUUCUUUUCCGAUCGAGAGGUAGGCCCACAACCUGACAAAGAUGAAGAAGCAGGUUUAAUUUCGUGGUCGCAAGCUAAAGACCUAAUUCAGAAGCGAGGAAGCGCUGUGCUGGUGUCAGAUGGGCUGGAUUCGGACCUGGAGGUUGUUGAACAUACUGAGAAAGAGGCUGAAAACCCUGACAAAAGUUCUGAACAGGAUGUUGAAAAUAGAGAACUGCAUCCACCCUCAACGAAACCUAAGAUCUUAGGAAUUGAAUCGGACAAUGAUCCAAAUGUAGUCGAGAAAAAGGCAUUUUUGCGAUCAGAUGUGGACUUACCGACAGAAACGCAAUCCCAAAGGAAGAUCAAACCAUUAGUGUUUGACUAUGAAGUUGAAGAGGCUGAGGAAGAGUCCCUCCUUCAACAACUCCGUGAGGAAGAUGAUCACCAUGCCGAGUUCACUAGCGAGAUGAAAAGCAAACAACCGAUUCCGGUCUUUGCUAGCACCAGGAUUACUGAUGAGCAGUUAUAUCAAGAGCGUUUGCAGAAAGCUAAGCGUGAUUCUGAUGAGGUGUCACAAACCAUGAUAAGUGAUGUGCAAGAGCUUCUCAGAAGAUUUGGUAUUCCAUUCAUAACGGCUCCCAUGGAAGCUGAAGCACAGUGCGCUGAGCUCUAUAGACUUGGCUUAGUGGAUGGCAUUAUCACGGACGAUAGUGACUGCUUUCUAUUUGGUGGUAGUCGCAUAUACAAGAAUAUGUUCAAUCAGAAGCAGUACGUCGAAUGUUAUUUUGAAGAAGAAAUUGAACACAAGCUUGGACUUUCUCAAGAAAGACUUAUCGAAUUAGCAUUACUAUUAGGCAGUGAUUAUACUGAAGGUAUCAAAGGUAUCGGUCCGGUGCUAGCCAUGGAAAUCUUGGCUGAAUUUGGAAACUUGAAGAGUUUUAAGCAGUGGUUCGAUGAACAUGCUAGGGAACUACGAAAAUCGGAUAACGCUGAAACUCCCAUCAAGAGGAACCUUCUCUCUCGACUCAAAAAAGGUAAACUCUUUUUGCCUAGCAAUUUCCCGGAUGAAAUAGUAUUUCGAGCAUACACCCAUCCCGAUGUUGACCGCGAUAAGACUGAAUUUAAGUGGGGCGUGCCCAACUUGGAUCAAAUUAGGUCUUUUCUCAUGUAUAAUGUGGGAUGGUCCCAAUCCAAAGUAGAUGAGGUUAUGUUACCUCUCAUAAGAGAUAUGAACAAGAAGCGUGCACAGGGAACUCAGUCAACUCUCGGUGAGUUCUUUCCAAGAGAGCUAAUCGCUUAUAAGAAGGAGACCACGUUGGGUAAGCGAAUGAAGAUUGCUGCUGAUCGUUUACACCAGAACAAAAUGAAGUGA